AUGGAUUUUAUUAGUAAAUAUAAAGUUAUAAUUAAUGCUGAUGGACGUGUGGUAUCAAUAUGUGGUAAUGAAAAAUGUAUAACAUUAGACUUUGAUGUUAACCAACAAGAAAUUCGUUAUCCAGCACGAACAAUUCGUUACACUUAUAUUACAACGAGAAGAACAGUUUCAAUUCCAGUUAACGUGGCAAUAUCAUCAGCUAAAGUUUUACUUCAUCCAUCUUAUCAAUUAGCAUGA